AUGGCCACCACCCUCGACCUCACCCCCAACGACCUCCGCGUGCUCACAAACAUCUUCGACACGCCCCCACCACCGCUCAUCGACAGCACCCUCCCCCCAGACCCGCACAUCUCAUCCUCUCUUCUCCCCUCUCUAAAGUCCACUGAGCGCCUCGCCAUCGCCGCCGCGGAGGCUUCCGACCUACCGACCGCCCACUCCCUCCUCCUCACGCUUACGAGCAUGCACCCGAACUACGCAUCGGGGUUCAACAACCUCGCGCAGGUGCUACGGCUCAUCUCUGCACCGAUCGAGGACAUCAUUGCCGCGCUGGACACCUCCAUCUCGCUCGCUGCACCGAAGGACGGCGGCAGCGUGAGUGCGUCCCAGGCGAAUUUGCUGAAGAUGGCAUAUACGCAGCGGGGGGCACUGUGGUACGGCGAGUGGAAGAAGACGGGGGAGGAGGCCUGCGAGGAGCGGGCGAGGCGGGACUUUGAGGAGGGGGGGAGGUGGGGGAGCGGUGUGGCGAGGGAGAUGGCCGUGAGGACGAACCCGUAUGCGAGGUUGUGUGGCGCGAUUGUGAAGGAGGCGCUGACGAGGGAGUAUAUGGGCCAGGGGGGGGUGUGUGGGAAGUAG